CUCCCUCCUCCCGGCGCUGAGUGUGCGCGGAGGGUCCCUUCUCGGCCGCCGUCGCCCGCGCGUCUGCCCGGGAGUCUGGCGGCGACCUGCCUCCGCGAUAUGGCCUGCUCAGAAGCAGAAUGGAUAACCAUUGCUAAUAACCUUCUUUUUAAAUGUCACAUACACCUGAGGAUACAUGAACUUGAAGACUGUGAUGCUAAUGUUUUUAUUGCUCUUUACCAAUCCAUUUUGGGAGAAAAGGUACCAGACCUCAUAGCUAUUCCCAAGAAUCAAGAGGAUGAAGCACACAAUGUUCAAGCAAUAAUUGAUUCUCUAGCCUUGGAUUACCUGCAGGUCAGCUUGUCUCACAUAACAGGAGAAAAUAUCGUGAAAGGAGAUAAAGAAUCUAUUAAGAAUCUCCUAGAAAUAUUUGAUGGGUUGCUGGAAUAUCUUACAGAACAUAUUAGUGAAACAUCUCAUGAGAAAAGUGAAACUGACAAGUAUUUUACAGACUCUCAUCGAGGACAAACUUUGGAAGAGCGAGAAAGUACUAAAGAAUCUAAAUCAUCAUGGAAAAGAGUUUCUUUUGGGAGGUGCUCCUCGUCUGAGGCUGUAGGUCCGACUUGGGAUGGAGAUGAAGCAGAAUCUAUGGGUGAAAGUAUUAGACUUGGAGACACAGCACACACCUUUUCGCUAAGAAGUAAUGGUGCCCAAAGUUCUAAUGAAACAUACUCUAAAAAAGCUUCAAACUCACCAACUUCUAAAUCACAUGAAGAUGUGCUAUACCCUCCUUCAUCCAGUUUUUUAUCCAAGAAUAGGUCAAUCUUUGCUGAGGACAUGGAAACCCCUUCUGUGAGUAUGAUUCCAAGUGCUAGGAAGCUAGGGGAGCCUAUCCGAGCAGCUAUUCCUUUACAUCCACCCUACCACCCUUCAGAGCCUCGGGCACCCUGUCCCAUAGGAAAAGAAUACUUACGUUCAAGCCGCUGCUCCCUGGCCAUGAAUUCUACUGGAGAGCACACAGAAUCAUCUGUGGAACCAGAUAACAGAGUUUUCUUAACUUCCAAGUUGCCCAAAGAUACAUGGAGUGAACAAGAAACAUACCCAGCUCAGGUCCAAGGCCCUAGGACUAGGAAGCUUCCCAAAGGAAAAAGAAAAGAAAACAGAGCUGCAGCCUCAUCCUGGGAUUCACCUUUCCCCCAGAGGCCAAGAAAGAGAUUAACAGAACAAGAAUUACAUGCAGUAUCAGAGAAACUUUAUCAACGGCUCUCUGAACUAGAUUGGAUGUUAAAAAGUGCCCUGGGUGAUCGAAUUAAAGAAAAGACUGACCAUAAAGAAGAUAUUGGAAAUGAAGAGAUAGAGAGUGGAAAUGAGGAGACACUAUCUCAACACAGUGACAGCAUCGUGGAGUAUGGGCCAAAGAAGCCCAGGCCAGGACUUUACAUGCAUAAAAAGUCACCCAAUAGAUCCCAUUCGCUGUCUCCAUCACCAGUUAAUAAACAUAAACAGUUCCAUACGGAGAAGAGAAGGCAGCACAAGCUAAAAGAAAAAGAUAACCGCCACUAUCGAGCCAAGGUUUUCACUGAAGCAUUUGAAAAGGAACUAAGAAGAAAUAAAGUUCAAGAGAUUAUUGGACCUCUAGGGAUAAAUAACAAGGAGGAGGAAACAGAAAAAAUAUACAGAGAAGCUGUUCAUAAAAGAACUCCAGAAUAUAGUCAGCCUUGGAAGGUUUGCUCUAGAAAAACCACAACUCAGAGUCCAAGAGGUGGCUUCCCAAAGGCAAAUAAAGCACUUCCAAUGAAAGUAGAUGAACACAGUCUUCUGGCCCUUAUGCUAGAGCAGUUUCCAUUUCUCUAUGUCUCUGGCCCAACUCUAAGCAAGAUGUGGAAACAGCAAAUUGCACAGAUUGAACAGCUCAGAAAAGAUGCAGGCAGAGAAAACCGAUCAAAGAAGAAACUCCAGGAUGAAAUAGAAGAGGCCCUACAAAGGCAUGACCUCCUUACUGCCCUUGUGAAGAAAGAAUAUGAACAUAACAAGAGACUGCAAGAUUUCAAGGACCGUAUUCAUAGACAAAGGUUGACCCGAUCAAAGAUAAAAGAAAAUCAUCAGCAAAUUGUUCGUGCUCGAAAAUACUAUGAUGAUUACAGAGUUCAGCUACGUGCCAAAAUGAUGAGAAUGAGGACCCGGGAAGAAAUGAUAUUUAAGAAACUGUUUGAAGAAGGUUUACAAAUUCAGAAGCAAAGAUUACGAGACCUACGAAAUUACGCCAAAGAAAAGCGAGACGAACAAAAGCGACAGCACCAGAAUGAACUGGACUCAAUGGAGAACUUCUAUAAGGGCCAGUUUUCACUGCUGGCAGAAGCCAUAUCACAAGAACGUCAAGAACUCAAAGCCAGAGAGAAAUCUCAGACGCAGACAUUACAUAAGGUGAAGAAGGAGCUGAGAUCUAAGAUGGAGAAGGAAAUCCAGCAACUGCAGGACAUGAUAACACAGAAUGACGAUGAUGCUUUCUUCCGGGAACUGGAAGCUGAGCGCUUCAAAUCUCGGCUUCAGCUGGCUUCCUUUCAGUACAGUAAAAAUCCCUUCCUAUGAGGCCAGACUUCAAAGGUAAAGUGUUAAAGGUCUUUACCAGGAUAGAGCUAGAACUGAGCCAGUAAACAAUCUAAACAGAAAAAAAUCAUUUUUAAAUACCUGAUCUAUGUUCACACCAAUACCUUUUAUGAAGUAAUUUUUUAAAUAAAAAUUUUUCUUAAAGCUUA